AUGACUAGACAAAAUGAGCAAGUUGUGCUUAUAGCUUUUGGUGGGCCUUCAUCAAGUGGGAAAACAACAAUUGCACAAACUUUGAAAGCUCUACUCGCAGAUGUGACACUAAUCCACUUGGAUGACUUCUAUCUCACAGAUUCACGCAUACCCAUAGACGAGGCAACAGGAUAUCAAAACUGGGAUUGCGCUGAAGCUAUUGAUUUUGAGAAAUUCACCACUUAUGUGGAGAAUGUCAAAUCUGGCAAGGAACAAGUUCCGAUCAACUCAAUUCAAUCCAACGAUUUGAAUUUAAAGUUAGACCCACUGGAAAAGAGGGCAAUUGUUGACAAAAUUGAUUCACAGCAGGAUAAGUUCAAAGGGAAAAAAUUGGUGUUUAUUGAUGGAUUCAUGUUAUUCCACAACCCUGAGUUGGUGGACCUAUUUGACAUCGAACUUCUUUUCCAUGCUUCGUUCAGCACUUUGAAACAGAGACGAGAAUCACGAGGUGGCUACAAUACGGCUGAAGGGUUUUGGGUCGAUCCUCCAGACUAUUUUGAAAAAAUUGUUUGGCCAGGGUUUGUAAAUUCACACAAAUAUCUAUUUGUGGGUGAGGAUGUCGACAACAACUUGAAACCGGAAGCGCUUCGGAAACAUCACAUUUACAAUAUCAGAAACGAUAGUGACUCCACUCUACUGGAAUUGGUUCGAAAAACACUAGAUAUUAUUAUAGAUAAUUUAUAG